CCGCGGGAUGAACUUCCUGUCAGAUCUCCAGAUGAUGACUUCUCCCAGCCUCCGGACACCAACAGUUUCUGUCCUUAACCACGGAGCACUUCACUGCACUGAACUGCACCCUCGGCCGCACCCAGCCGAACUGUCCUUUUCGUCUCUCUUUUUCCACGUCGCCCGUUUCCUCUCUCUCUCCUUCCGCGCCUCUAUUCAUUGCAAGCACAUUUUCUCAAUCAUAGACAUAAUACUAAUACUCUGUUUCUUAUUUCUCAAUCCAAACCAUUCCUUUCUAAUUACCCAACUCGGGUCCGCACACAAGCAAUUCUUUUAUACACUUCUAGCUAACUCAUUAAUUUUUAUGCUCUCGCCAGCUCGUUCAGUUUUAUGCCCUGCCAACUAUUUUUGAGCUAUUGCUUUUAUUUCACCGCUUCACGCCUCGGCGGCGUGAACGCCCUAACGUCCUGCUGGCACCAAUUAAUGACUGAUCACGUGACCGGAUUCCCGAGAAUUCCGGUCACAUCUCUUAAACAUUUACCCCAUUUAAAAAAUAAAAUGCUAACCUUUAAAAGCGAAAAUUAUAAUUUUCGCUUUCCUCAACCAUCUUCGUAAAGUGCGAAUCAGCAUUUUAUAUAAUAUCGCUUUCGUGAAAGAGAGCAGAAUUUGUCGAUUUAAAAUUAGCAUCUUUAGUUACUUCUAACGAGUUGAUGUAAACACAACCCAUAUAAAAAGGUUGAAUUGAAAACGCAUUAUUUUUUCACGAUCUGCACGGCGCGCUCGGCUUUUGAGUUUCCGCGCGGAUGGUAUGCGCUAAUUCUCGCAAUAUUCAUAUUGUUCUUUGCGCAAAACAGCGCAGUUUCUUUGCUCGCGAACGCUGAUCCCCUGUCACACACGAUUGUUUUGACUCCGCCGGAUUGCAGCAAAUAUUCCUCAUACACGAACUGCGUCACCACUUUUGCUGUCGGCUCUCGGCACGCGCGUAAACACACGAAAUCCGAGAAAUAGUCGCCACUCCGACUAACAGAUGUUUGUUGUGUCGCCUCGUCGGCGGAAAAGGUCCUGCAAAAUCUAGCGCAAUUUUGCUGAAUGGAUAUUCACCGCGAUCCACCAGCUGCAUUUCUCCAGGUGGAAAAUGUUCAUUAUAAAUUUGGAAAAUUAAAACGGCAGUAGGUAAAGGGAUGAUCUCUAGUGUCCGAGAUGGAAAAUAUAAAUAACGCUUGUAUUCUACAGCAGUGUCUAUGUGAAAAAUCUAUUAAUUUGUUAGCUUAGAGUAAGAUACCUAAAAUAAUUAUAUAUCAGCAUAUUUAAACACACGCAAAAGUCCAAGGAUAUUGAAUUGUCCUUAACGCGCACUAUGACACUUCAUCGUUGAUUCCCUCACACAGACUCCCUCAAGCUCUCCGGUACCCCUAUUUAUCAACUUUGCCCCGUACCGACGCCGCGCCUAACUUUUGCAAUUCGUUUCUUACACGUGUUCUUUUUUUCCCCACCCAAAAUUACAUGCGUAAGAUUUAAAUUUACAAACUUUACUCUGAUAUUUUUGAAAAUAUCUAAAUUUUAGUCGUGACCGUUUCCUAAAUUUCCAAAUAUUCACCUAGGCUUGAACUGAACUAUGUGAAACCUUUUUCCGUUUUUAACCCGUUUAAGGAAAUGACAAGAGCUUUAUUCAGGCUUGAUAAGAGCUGCAAAGGAAUAUCCCCCACAUCCAGAAUAAAAUUGAAAAUUACGGAUUUGAUUCUGGUGAGAUGCCGGACAACAUGAACAACGAGAGGCGAAUCUUUUUCUGUCGAGCAGAGAAGAUUGCGAGAUGCCGAUGAAAAAUUCAAUUUUCAAAGCGAUACAGUUAAAUACUGCAGCUUGGACGGAAUUUUUACAAGAGCUUAAAAGGAUAUAAUAGUUUUUAGUUUAAGCAUACAUCAUUUCUGAUAGGGUAAACCACUUUUGACGUAAUUCCAUCUGAUAUCUGAUAAGCUUGUUAUCUAACGCGUCCUUCACUAAGCAAAUCAAUCUCAUUUCGUGGCACGCAUUCUCAGCGUUUGCUUUGUGAAAUGCUUCUCACUGCGAAUGGCACUUCGGAACUCACUGAAGAUAUUGGUUCUGAUCAUAGGCGUGAUAAUUGUUGGUUAUUACUACUUGCGCGGCUCCUAUAAAAUCAACAAUUGGACUACAAGAGAACUAGAAAUUCGAGCGGUCAGUGUAAAGCCACCGCUGAAAUUAAAAUUCAACAUUGAGGACUUUUUAUCAAACGAACCUAAUGUGUCGAGCAAGUACCCUGGUGGUUUCCUGAGAAGCCCUGAAUGCCCUGCAGAGGAGCUGGAAAUUCUAAUUCUCGUCUUUUCGGCUCCUGGCAACUUUGAAAGACGACAAGCCAUUCGAGAAAACUGGGCUCAGGACCUUAACAACUCAAGCAGUCUGUUUUUUAUCCUCGGCGGCGUUGAAGUGAAAGAAAGGGAUCGAGAAAAAUUGGAAUUCGAACAAGAUGUGAUUUUGGCAAACUUCACCGACAGCUAUCGCAAUCUAACGCUGAAAACCGUGGCGCUUCUCAAUUGGGCCGGCCAAAACUGCGAAUUCAGCUUUUUACUCAAGUGCGACGAUGACAUGUACAUAAACUAUCCAAAGUUGAGACACAAAUUAUUCGAAGAAAACGCAGUGUUUGACAAUAAAACGAUAAUUGGCCGCUUGGCUGCGGGCUGGAGGCCGAACCGCAGCAAAAAAUCCAAAUACUACCUCUCAGAAACAGAAUUUCCUCCGCAAGUUUUGCCAGAUUUCAUGUCGGGACCGUCGUAUGUGAUUACCGCCGGUCUCGUCGAGCCGCUCUUAUCAGCUGUUUUGGAAGAGCACUGGCUCACCCUCGAGGAUGUGCUGGUCACAGGCAUAGUUGCGAAAUACAGACUUGGUGCCACAUUGGUGGGCUGGACCGCUUUUCAUAAUGAUCGUGUUGCACUCACGACUUGCAAUGCUAAGCAGCUAAUAUCCAUCCACGAUCUUAAACCUAGAGAGCAAAAGUUAGUCCUUGUUGCCAGGAACAAAGAAAUAAAAAGACGCUGCAAAAUCGUUCCGUGAAUUUCUUUCAAUUUUAGCAACUUAAAUUCUGGCAGGUGUAUUUUAUGCAUCAGCUGUUACAUCAAUGCAUAUUGUGCCUUUUUGAGUUUAAUAUUCUGAAUUGACCGUUAAUUUUGCCUGAACAGUAUAUUUAUUUGCUUCAAAUGGAAUGGAGAUUGGCCUGACUUCCAAAAUAUUAAAACUCGUGUCUUGGCUCUUUUUCUACAUUUAAUUUAAAAUGAGGGCCAUACCCCUAACAUCUUACCCCUGAAUUUUUGAAAUAUCCACAUUUCUUAAUUCUAUCCAGAGCUUUAAUUUUUAUCCGUUCAAAAGUGACAAAAAUCCUCAUUUUUCCGCACUCAACGAAGGAUUGUAUCAACCAAAAAGAGAAGCAAAUUAAGCAGAGAUUUCAAUUAGUUUUUCUUAAUUGAUGGAAUAAGAUUGCGGACCAGAGGGUUGUUUUGGAGGUGCCUUCGGUUGGUCUGCACUUCCCCAUCAUCUCUGUGCUCUCUUGAAUGCUAUAUUUAGUGAAUAAGACCAACAUUCCUAAAUAAUAAUAGUACUUCAGGUCUCUGAUAAAAUUAGAUGUUAUUGGUGUGAAAUUAACUGAAGGGCACUCUUCCUUAAAUUAAUUUGGCGCAGAUUAGAGCCAUAUUAUUUGUAUAGUUUUCUUCCUUUAUUUCGAUUGCAUUGUUGUUAAUCACAGUUUAACGCCAUUUCCACAAAUUGUAUGCUCACAUUGUGCUGUAAAAUAUGUACAUCAUUAAAUUAAAUUAAACGCAAUGUUAUGUUAUAAUAAUUUUAAUUUAA